AUGGAGUACUAUGCAGACCUUGAAUCGAUUUGCCGUGCACUAUACAACCUGGUCCUUAAACACAGGGAUCGUUUUGAGCAAUCGGGCGAAGUAGGAGAACUUGACAAGUCGAUUUUUCAUGGUCGCGUACUACUCAGACUAUAUCCUGGAAGACAUCUGGAUCGUAAUAAGGCAUUGAACGAACUGGGAAUAUCUCUUUACACACGAUUCGAGCAAUACGGGCGAACAGAAGAUCUAGAGGAAGCAAUUGAGCGGUAUCGCGCUGCCCUGGAACUUUGCUCCAAGGACGAUCCCAAUCGUUUCACGUCGCUGAAUAGGCUAGUGGUCUCCCUCCAAACUCGAUUCGAGCAGCACGGACUGGAUACAGACCUCGACAAGUCCAUUGAAAUUUGCUGUUCUGCGUUGGAACUUCUCCCCAGCAGCCAUCCCAAUCGAUCCAUCUCUCUGAAUAACCUUGCGAAUUCCCUUCAAACUCGAUUUCAACUGUAUGGACGGACCGAGGAUCUGGAUGGAGCCAUAAAGCACUAUCGUUAUGCCUUUCUACUUUGCCCCAGCGGUGAUUCCAAUCGUUCUGGAUAUCUGGGAAACGUGGCAGCGUCCCUGAUGACCCGAUUUAAACAGUAUGGACAGACUGCAGACCUCGAUGAGGCUAUCGAGCAUCAUCGUUCUGCCUUACAGCUCGUUCCCACCCGCCAUCCCUAUCGUUCCAUGGCUCUGAUGAAUCUUGGCAAUUCCCUGCAAACGCGAUUUGAGCAGUACAGACAGACUGUAGACCUUGAUGAGGCCAUCAAGCAUCAUCGUUCUGCCCUGCAGCUUAUUUCUACCGGGCAUCCCAAACAUGCAAUAUCUCUGAUGAAUCUCGGAAACUGCCUACAAACUCGAUUUAAACACCAUAGACAGGCUGCAGAUCUUGAUGAGGCCAUUGAGCACCACCGUUCUGCCCUGCGACUCCACCCUGUCAGCCAUCCCCAUCGUUCCACAUCUCUAGACAACCUUGCAAAUUCCCUUCAAGCCCGAUUCCAUCAGCAUGGACAAACUGUGGAUCUUGAAGACGCUAUCGAGUAUCAUCGUGCUGCCGUGGAACUUCUCCCUAAAGGCCAUCUUAGCCGUGUCACGUUUCUGAGUAACCUUGCACAUUCCCUUCGCACUCGAUUUGAUCACUUUGGGCAGACCAGAGACCUUGAUGAUGCCAUUGGGUAUUGUCGUACUAUCUUAGAACUUCGCCCUAACGACCAUUCUGAUCGUCCCACGUCUCUGCGUAGCCUUGCGGGUUGUCUUCACACUCGCUAUGAACGGUAUGGACGGGCUGCAGACCUCGACGAGGCUAUCAGCCAUCGUCGUGCUGCUCUGAAGCUUUGCCCCAAUGGCCAUCCUGAUCGCUCCAUAUCUCUGAACGAACUUGCUAUCUCACUUCAAACCCAGUUUGAACGGUAUGGGCGGAUUGUAGACCUCGAUGAGGCCAUCGGGCAUCACCAUGCCGGCCUGGAGCUUUGCCCUGAUGGUCAUGCCGAUCGUUCCACAUCCAUGACUAACCUUGCAGGUUGUCUCCGAAUUCGAUUUGAGCAACUUGGACAGAAUGCAGACCUUGACGAGGCCAUUGAGCUUCACCGUUCUGCUGUGGACCUUCGUCCCGAGGGCCAUCCUAAUUGUUCUUACUCCCUAAAUAACCUUGCAAUUUCCCUUCGAACCCGAUUUGAACAGCAUGGACGAAUCGCAGACCUUGAUGAGGCCAUCGAAUAUCUUCGUGCUGCACUAGAAACUCGCCUCGGCCAUUUCGACCGUUCUUUGUUUCUAAAUAAUCUUGCAAACUCCCUGCUCAUUCGAUUUCGGCAUCACGGACGGGCUGUGGACAUUGAUGAGGCCAUCGAGUAUCAUUAUGCUGCCCUACACCUUCGCCCCAACGGCCAUCACCAUCGUGCCAUGUCUCUAGACAACCUUGCAAAUGCCCUUCAGCCUCGAUUCCAUCUGCACGGACAGACUGCGGACCUUGAUAAGGCUAUCGAGUACCAUCGCGCAGCCCUAGAACUUCGCUCCAAUGGACACCCCAAUCGUUCCGCGUCUCUGAUUAACCUGACAUGUUCCCUUAAAACUCGAUUUGAACGAUAUGGGCACAUCGGGGACCUUGAUGAAGCCAUUGACCAUCAUCGGGCUGCCCUGCAACUUUGCCCAGAGGGCCAUCCCAAUCAUUCCACGUCAUUAGCGAGCUCAGCUUUUACACUGUUCUCUCGGUUCAAGAAGUUUAAGUGCAAGGCCGAUUUCGGGGAGUGUAUGCAAUUACUAGAACGUGCUGCCGUACAUAAGUUUUCAAGCUCAGUUUUGCGUCUCCAGUUUGCCACUCAAUGGGCCUACCUUGCACGGUCUCAUGCACAUCGUACCACGUCUAGAGCUUUUAAGGUAGCAAUGCGGCUCUUACAGCGUGUCGUCAUCAUUAGCCCCACCCUUCCUACACAAGUUGACUUCCUCAACGAGGAAAGCGACUACACAACACUCGCAUUAGAUGCUGUGGCUUAUACUGUGGAUGGAAAUAGGUUUGAAGAGGCUAUAGAGAUCCUUGAACAAGGCAGAGGCUUAUUAUGGUCGCAGUUGCGUGACUUUAGACCAUCUUUGGAUCUUCUUGCAAACACAAACAGGGAGCUUGCAAACAGGUUCAGGGAUGUCAGUCGCCAACUGGAGGGCCUCGUAACGUCGACUACUGAGUUGCCAUCUGUUUCAGGCGCGGCUGACCACCAGCCACCUUUACCGGACGUGUAUAAAGAACGGAAAUUGUUUGAGGAGAGGUUAGGUCUGAAGAGGCAACUCUCUAACGAGCAGGAGGCCAUUAUUAGCGAGAUACGACAAAUUUCUGGGUUUAAGGACUUUCUUGAAGCUACGUCGUUUGAACUACUCCAUCAGGCAGCUUCAGAGGGUCCGGUUAUCGUGGUCAAUCAUUGCAGAUAUCGAUCCGAUGUACUCAUUGUUCUUUCCCGCGAGGAUACGCCAGUCGUCUGCAUUCCCUUAGAUGGAGAGUUCUACGAUGAUAGCAUCCAGUGGUGCUUCGAACUCGUGAACACACGCAGAAGCUCCGGGGCUAACUCAUCGGAAUAUGACGAGAAGCUCCGCCAAGUGAUGAAGACGCUGUGGGAUAGAGUCGUUUCCAAAGUCGUCGAAAAACUGAAGCAGCUCGGAAUUGCCGAAGAAUCGCGCAUUUGGUGGUGCCCUACGUAUGUGCUAUCUGCACUUCCCUUCCAUGCUGCAGGCCCGUUCGAGGAUAUAGACGGCACCGAGAAGUAUCUACUGGACAAGUACAUCUCAUCAUAUACUCCGACGCUCGGCGCGCUCAUUAACUCGCAGUCAUGUGGACUCAGAGAAACACCAACUGCUCUCGUCAUUGGGGAUAUGUCACUCUCGUCAGCUAAGAGCGAGAUUCGCCACAUUAAAAAUUGUGGCAUAAAUCCUAAAUUACUGAGUAGCAAGGCAUCUCACAAUACAGUGAUCAAGGCGCUUCGAAAAGCAACCUGGGUCCAUUUCGUUUGCCACGGAGGCUUAGAUCCGAAGCCUUUCAACUCAUCAUUCAAGGCAUCAGACCGCGGGCUGACUUUACUCGAUAUUGUCCAAGCGAAUCUUCCGAAUGCAGAAUUUGCAUUCCUUUCCGCCUGUCAUACUGCUGAACAGUCUUACCCUUUUGCACCUGAUGAAGUGCUCCACCUGGCCGCAGCAAUACAAUUCUCUGGAUUUCGAAGCGUGAUUGGAUCGAUGUGGGAGUUGCUUGACGAAGAUGGCCCAUUUUUCGCCAGGACAGUUUAUGAAUACAUGUGCAACUGCGAUGAUGGCGAGGCGAGGUAUAAGCGUGCAGCUGCCGGGCUUCGCAAGGCAGCUAUAGCACUCAAAGAACGGCCAGACAUUCAGGCUGAGAGAUGGGUCAACUUGAUUCACAUAGGUACUUGA